AAAUCCUGUUCCUCAGUCUCAGCAUCUACAUUUCAAGGGCUCAGUAGGCACGGGUGGCUACUAUUUUGGACGGCACAGAUUCAGAACAUUUCCAUCGUCGCAGAUAAUCCUGAUGGACGGCAGCGCUUUAUUUAGAGUUUAGAGAAACUUUUCCUUUCGCUAGUCACCCAAACCCACCAUCGUCAAAGCUCCCCCAGAACCCGGAGAACUUCGUUGUUUUUAGUGUGACUGAGAGGUCACCCUCUGGGGAGGAGGGAAGAUGUAGGGGUGCCCUUUGCCUGAUCACCCCAAAACUGUGAGAUAGAGCCUCGUCCUCAGUUUUCUCAAUCAGGUCUCUUGGGUCACAGCCAGAUAUAUGGGAACCUGCCUCCCCAGUUCUGGGCUGUGUUUUGGGGCUCAAGGUGGCCGAGGGAGAAGGGUUCUCUUUGUCAAUGACUAGGAACCCCUGAUUUCUGGACUCCCCAAAUUGAGCUCUGGGUUCUGAGAGGUCCCCUCCACAGGCCACUAUAAUUUUUCUCGGUGUCUCUGCUUCAUUCUCUCGCCAUUGACUCAGGCUUAUCUCGCUUCAGACCCAGUCCCCAGGGUGGGAGGAGAGGGGAGGGCACCUGGUCCAGCCAUGGGUCGGCCUGAGCUGUGAGCCUGUCCCUGGUUUCCUGUGGCUCUGUCUUCUCGUUCUGGCUCCUAGUCUCAUCCCCGACUUAAGCUGUGCCUCUGAUAGCCGUGGUAACUGAAAGCCAUUUCUUCUCUUGAUAAUUUCCCCUUGCCCUGCCCCAGCCCAGCUGGGAUUUUCCUCUGGACUUGAUUUUUUGGUCCCGAUAACUCUUCCAUGUACAUACACGAGCUGGCAGAUGUCAAAGUGGCUUUUUUUUUCCCCCUGACCUCACUCGUGUCUGAGGUGGGCAUCAUUAAUAUGCAGGUCCCUUCCCUGAGCCAGAUGUGUAUUCCUGGGUCACCUCCUGUGUGUUCUUGCUUACCCCUGACUCCAAAGAGAUGCCUCCCUACCCAGCUGCGAGCCGCUUUCCGACACCCCUCUGGCUCAGCUCUAUCACGGGCAACCUUCGUAGGCUGCAGUCUCUUCUCUAAAAUGCAGUUAUGGGGGGCACCUGGGUGGCUCAGUCGGCUAAGCACGCCAAUCCACUCAGGUCACGAUCUCGAGGUUUGUGAGUUCCGGUCCCAUAUUGAGGGGUCUUCACCGACGAUGCUUGGGAUUCUCUCUCUCUCAAAAUAAACUUAAAAAAUAAAAUAAAAUGCAGUUAGAAUCGCAUGGAUGAACCCUCCUACGUCUAAGCGAUUAGGGCUCCUCCACUCACACAAGGGAUGCGGAGACCCCUAUUUCUCCCCGGGCUCUGGGGUGUGUCCCCCACUAUUAUCUGCUGUUCAGAUCCAUCCUCUGUCCCAACCCCACGGGAUGUUUUUGUGCCUGGCUGACCUGGGCUCGAAAGUCACGAACAGUUGAUCUCCAUAGAAACUACAACUUCCAUCAGGCACUACUUCAGCGGAACAGGAAAGGAUGUGGGGGCGUGGCCCCAACGCCCUGGUAGCUCGGAAAACAAACCUACAACCCCCAGGACAGCGCGAGAUCUCAGCAGAGGGAAGAGUGACUGAGCUCCGGCUGGAGGCGAGGCCGGCCCGGAACCACCAGGCCGGCGGCCGGAAGGGGGCGUGGUCGCAGUGGGGGGCGUGGCCCUGGGAGCUACAGGAAGACACCUGUUGAACCUUUCCAUCCGUUCCCUUCCCAGCCCUUGCAGCUGCCCCUGAGAGGGAAGCCGCAGGCCACAAGCCUCUUCCCUUCCCAAAUAGCCCCAAACGAUUGAGCUGCAUGGCUUCCGCGGUCUGGGGGAGUGCGCCCUGGUGGGGCCCGCCGCCCCCAGCCCCCGCCCGGCCGCUCACGGACAUCGACUUUUGCUCUGGGGCGCAGCUGCAGGAACUAACCCAGCUGAUCCAGGAGCUGGGUGUGCAGGAAAGCUGGAGUGACGCGCCCAAGCCGGGGCCAGACCUCCUCCGGGCCAAGGACUUUGUCUUCUCUUUGCUGGGUCUUAUUCACCGCCGGGACCCCCGCUUUCCUCCCCAAGCGGAGCUCUUGCUGCUUCGUGGCGGGGUUCGCGAGGGCUCCCUGGAUCUGGGACCUGCACCCUUAGGUCCCUACGUCCGGGGACCUCAUUACGACGCCGGCUUUACACUCCUAGUGCCCGUGUUUUCGCUAGACGGCACCGGGCAGGAGCUGCGACUGGACGUGGACUCCUCUUACGCGUGGCUGUGCCUCCCAGAGCGCAUCCGCGGAACCUCGGUCCGGGAGGCAUGGCAGGAUUGCCUAGGACCUCCAGCCCCAGGAGGACGUGAUUCCACCCACCGAACCGAAAGUGAAGGAAGUCCCAAGAGCCUGCAAAGCUCCGUGGACCGGCCGCACGGUUCUGCCACUGAGGCUGAUCCAAACGUGGCUUUGGAAAAAGCACCUCCUAACGUUUCGGGGCAAGAGCCGCCUGGGCAAGGCAUCAUGGAUCUUGGCUCUCCCACCCCGCUGGAAAACCUGAAUGGUGACGUCACGAAAGCAGCCGUCGUUAGCCCAGGCCUGCAGCAGACGGAGGGGUGGGAGGCAUGGCCCACGCUUUGCCCCGCCCAGGUGGCCGCGUGGUUCUUUGCUUCACUGGCCGCGGUCGCCGAGUCCCUGUUCCCGGUCCCGGGUGCCCCGCGCUUGGUCCACGCAGCCCGCCACGCGGGGUUCACCACCGUCCUCCUGGCUACGCCGGAGCCCCCGCGCCACCUCCUGCUCUUCGACCUGAUUCCCGUGGUGUCGGUGGCCGGCUGGCCCGAGGGCGCUCGGAGCCACUCGUGGGCCGGCCCGCUGGCCUCCGAGUCGUCAUCCUUCUACCUGGUGCCCGGCGGCCACAGCGAGCAGCCAGGCGCCUCCGGUUGGCAGCUCUGCUUCGCCCGCCAGGAGCUGGCGCUCAAGGCGCGCAUACCCGCUCCGCUGCUGCAAGCGCACGCGGCGGCCCAGGCGCUGCUGCGCCCGCUGGUGGCCGGGACCCGGGCCGCGGCGCCCUACCUCCUGCGGACGUUGCUCUACUGGGCGUGCGAGCGGCUGCCCGCGCUCUAUCUCGCGCGGCCGGAGAACGCGGGCGCCUGCUGCCUCGGGCUGCUGGAUGAGCUGGGCCGUGUGCUCGAGGCCGGGACGCUGCCCCACUAUUUCCUGAGCGGCCGAAAGCUCCGUGCGGGGGACGGCGCCGCUGGGCUGCUCGGGGCGUUGGCCGGGCUCCGCGGGGACCCUGCCCGGGCCCUGCGCGCCGCGGUGGAGGAGGCCAAGGCUGCGCGCAAGGGGGGCGGCUUAGCUGGCGUGGGAGGCGGGGCCCAUUAAAGACGCUGCUCCUA